AGAAAAAUAGUUAUUUAUUGAUAAUCGUGUUUAAAAUCGUGUAAUAUAGUUAAUAAGUGUAUGUAACAGUGUUGUUAAUAUGUUAUUGUCGCAAAUAUUGAAAAUCCAAAGCAAAUGUAAUUGAGUGAACCAGCUGUCAAACGGACAAUUUGAAAUCUGGGGAGUAUUUUGUUUUUCUUUUAUAAUAUUAUUGUAUCUCUGUGUUUAUACACUAUACAAACCACUUAAGUACACUGCUCAUUGUUAUGAGCAACGUCCCUCCACACACAUCGGCUCAGUUACUGUCUCCUUCUGCUUGACAAUAUUGUGGAAGCAGAAUCGACGACGUUAACGUUCGCCGCAGACAUUCAAACACUUCAAUUAUUUAAUAUAUACACUCAUACAACUACUAAGUAUAACUAUACUUUUCCAUGAUCAAUCCUUCAAUGUAUUUCUAUUAACUUCUGUUCUGUGUCAAACUUACAAACCAAUUCCUUUGUUUGUACAUAGUCAGUUUCACUUUUGUUUUUUCUAAAUAAAGUCAAACUUUUGUGUUUAAUGUAAUCUUCCUUAACUGUAGUCACAUAACUUGUUUAAAAAAUAUUUUUUAAUAUUUUAAUAUUAAUUCACCCUACCCACUUUAAUUUUUAUUUUUAGUUAAAUUUUCUUAUGUGUUUUUUUUUCUUCUUUUUCUACUAGUUCUCAUUCUGUUCACUAUUGCUCUUCCCUGAUUGUGUCCUAAGAAACAUAUUUUGCCUGCCACUAAGCUGUUUCCUGUCACAUUUCAGAUAACUGAACUCAAAGUUUACAAAAUGACAACCAGGAGGGCCGCUAUCAAAGACUUGGAGGACAAGCUAAGGGCCACUCUAAAGGAUCUUGAGGCAUCAAGAACACUGUGUAAUCAGUUACUGCAGGAGAGGGAGGACAGCGAGGUGGAAGUGAAAAAUGUUGUCGACAAAAACACAGUCCUAAAAAAUGACCUGGCCGAGCUGCACAUACAGCAUAUGGACCUUCUAGACCAACAUAACCAACUUCAGGCAUUUGUAUCAUCUUUUCAGGAAUGUAGUGAAACACAUGAACUUACUUUGAGACGUAUAACUGAUCUCGAGCUUGAACUAAGUGAGGCCUACAAGAAAAUAUCUUCAUACGAGUCUGAUUUAGCUAGGGAUCAAACUUCUGACACCCUCAAUCGUUUCACUAAGUUGGUAGGAAGUACCACAGCUGUGAGCAGCUCUGCUGCAAUUAUAGAUCUGACCGGUGAUGAUACCAUCACACAAUGUCCUGUAGUAUUAAGUAAUAAAAAAUUUAAGAAGUAUAUUAAGUAUAACAAAAUUAUUAGGAAGUGCCGUUUAGCAUUAAAAAAACAAAGCAGGGUAAAAAACUGUGUUAAUCUUAGAAGAGAUAGGGUAAAGCUAGUCCAACAAUUAAAAACCUGUUCUCUUGAGCUAGAAAAUUGCCAAGUUUCUCAUGACUUAGACAUAAAACAGUUGCAUGAACAAUUAAUUGUGAAAGAAAAUUUACUAUCUGAUAUUUUCAGGAAAUAUGAGGAAUCUCAACACGAACUGAGUAUGCGCUUGUUGCAGGCUGGUGGCUUCCCCGGCGACUGGGACACGGGAGUGCCUCCGCCCAGACCAGCCAAGCCCAAGCCAGCAAGACCCCAAAUUGCAUUAUAUAAUAACUUGGUUACCCAAUAUAUUUUUACUUUGAAUUGUAUAAAUUAUUUUUCGAGUAACGAUUGCACUAAAAUUAUUUUGUAUAAUUUAUUAAUACAUUUUUAGCUCAA